AAAUAGUUAUAGCUAGUAUUUCAUUAAUAUGGAGCAUGUAGUGUUUUCUUCAAGAAAUGAUGAGUGUCAUAAUUUGAUGAAUACAAAAAACAAUGAUAUGAAUUCAAGUACUCAUGAUGAAGAUGAUGAGCUGCCUUUGUUUUUGGACUUCCCUCCACCCUUCUUUGAUGAUAUCACUACUAUACCGAUACUCGAAAACAAUUACCAUACUACCCCUCAAAACCACCUUAGCUCGUCCCCAAGUAAACCGGCUUUACACACUACUACCGCCGAUCAGACGUCGACUGAAUUGAAACAACGUACAAAGAAAAGAAGAAGUGUUGGGAAGAAAGACAGGCACAGCAAGAUAAACACGGCUCAAGGCCUAAGAGACAGAAGAAUGAGGCUGUCGCUCGAUAUAGCUCGAAAGUUUUUCGAUCUUCAAGACUUGUUAGGGUUUGAUAAAGCAAGUAAGACCAUUGAGUGGCUGUUUUGCAAGUCCAAUAAAGCUAUCAAAGAGGUUGCUGAUAAGUACUUCAUUAUUAAUCCACAACAAAUCAACAACCAUCAAAGCAAGAGUGUUUUUGAAGAGAUCGAGAGGAUGGCGGACUCACUUUUGACUAGUCAUGACAUCAAGUUAGCUGCUACGACCAAACUCGAUAGCUCAAAGGAGGAGGAAGAGAUGAAGAACAGGGAAUAUUCAAGGAAGGUGCAAAUUAUUAGUCAAAAUAAUAAUAAUAAUUUGUCUGUAAAGGAGACAAGGGAGCUGGCUCGAGCAAGGGCUAGGGGUAGAACACGCGAGAGACUAAUGAUCAAGGAACAACUAAUUGAGAAUAAUAAAUCCAAGCAAGAUUUGUUCUCAGGGGGAGAGUACCCUAAUAAUUAUAAUAAUCAUGAAAUUUAUAGAUUUGGGUUGAGGUGCUUACCAAGCCCUAAUCAUAACCACAAUGUGGAAGACCAGUUAGGGUAUACUACUUCCAAUUCAUCUAAACCGACCCAGCCAUCGAGUCUCUCCUUUGAACAACAUUCGAGUAGUACGCAUCAUCAUCAUCAGUACUUGCUUCAUCAGCAUCAGCUGCAAUCGGCGACUACUACUAAUGCUGUUAAUAAUGGUUUUAACAUUAUUAAUUAUUCAUCAGGGACAGCUAUUAAUGUGGGGGCAGCAUCCUCAACAUACUGCUCAUCCUCAUUGAUUAACAACAACGAUGACCGUCCUGCAGCUGCAGGUAAUUGGCUAAACUACUACAGCAAUAACAACAGAUUUUCUGGCGUGGCGCCUGGAGGUUGGGAGGAGGAUGCUGCAGGUACUAAUUAUUAUGCUAUGACCGACGAGAACUACUGCAACUAUGGAAUUGUGCCGAGUACUCCAGCUGCAGGUGAUAUUCUUUAUGAGGAACAAAACCCUAGUUAUUAA